CAACUAUUUGAUAUACUUAAAGAAACAAAAUUCUGAUUGACUCUGAUCUGUUUCUUUCAGAAAAGUCACCACCCAUAGAAUGGAUUUUAUAGAUCAGAUUGCUUAGUGUGGAUAUCAUGGUAACAAUACAGGACAUACACUUAAUUUCUCACUUCUGCAAGUAGUCAUGACUAUUGAAGAAAGAAUCUUUUUAAACUACAGCAGAGUUCACUUGGGUACCUUUUAUGGAAAUCCUAAUUUUGUUUUUAACUUCUGGUAAUUUUUCGCUAAAGUUAUGAACAAGCAGAGAGCUUGUCUUGUUAGGCAAACACACAGUGGUGAGGAUGUCUAGAAGAGGACCGAUUCUUCACAGCCGGACCCAGUGGCUGCUCUUGGGCCUUGCUUUGUUCUUCAGCUUAGUAUUAUUUAUGUACCUCCUGGAAUGUGCCCCCCAGACUGAUGGAAAUGCAUCUCUUCCUGGUGUUGGUAGAGAAAAUUAUGGUAAAGAAUAUUACCAGGCCCUCCUGCAGGAGCAAGAAGAACAUUACCAAACCAGGGCAACCAGUCUGAAACGCCAGAUUGCCCAGCUAAAGCAAGAAUUACAAGAAAUGAGUGAGAAGAUGAGAUCAUUGCAAGAGAAAAAGAAUAUAGGGGCUAAUGGCAUAGGCUAUCAAGGCAACAGAGAGCAGACACCUAGUGAUCUCUUAGAGUUUCUUCAUUCCCAGAUCGACAGAGCUGAAGUUAGCAUAGGAGCCAAACUACCCAGUGAGUAUGGAGUCAUUCCCUUUGAAAGUUUCACUUUAAUGAAAGUAUUUCAGUUGGAAAUGGGUCUCACUCGCCAUCCUGAAGAAAAGCCAGUUAGAAAAGACAAACGAGAUGAAUUGGUAGAAGUUAUUGAAGCUGGCUUGGAGGUCAUUAAUAAUCCUGAUGAAGAUGAUGAACAGGAAGAUGAGGAGGGCCCCCUUGGAGAGAAACUGAUAUUUAAUGAAAAUGACUUCAUAGAAGGCUAUUAUCGUACUGAGAGAGAUAAAGGCACACAGUAUGAACUCUUUUUUAAGAAAGCAGACCUUAUGGAAUACAGACAUGUGACCCUCUUCCGCCCUUUUGGGCCACUCAUGAAAGUGAAGAAUGAGAUGAUUGACAUUACGAGAUCAAUUAUUAAUAUCAUUGUGCCACUUGCUGAAAGGACUGAAGCAUUUUCACAGUUUAUGCAGAACUUCAGAGAUGUUUGUAUUCAUCAAGACAAGAGGAUUCAUCUCACAGUUGUGUAUUUUGGGAAAGAAGGACUAUCUAAAGUCAAGUCUAUCCUGGAAUCUAUCUCAAGUGAGUCUAACUUUCACAAUUACACCUUGGUCUCACUGAACGAAGAAUUUAAUCGUGGACGAGGACUAAACGUGGGUGCCCAAGCUUGGGACAAGGGAGAGGUCUUGAUGUUUUUCUGUGAUGUUGAUAUAUAUUUCUCAGCCGAGUUCCUUAACAGCUGCCGGUUAAACGCUGAGCCAGGUAAAAAGGUGUUUUAUCCUGUGGUGUUCAGUCUUUACAAUCCCGCCAUUGUUUAUGCCAACCAGGAUGUGCCACCCCCUGUGGAGCAGCAGCUGGUUCAUAAAAAGGAUUCUGGUUUUUGGAGAGAUUUUGGCUUCGGGAUGACUUGUCAAUAUCAAUCAGAUUUUCUGACCAUUGGUGGAUUCGACAUGGAAGUAAAAGGCUGGGGUGGAGAAGAUGUUCAUCUUUACCGGAAAUACUUACAUGGUGAUCUCAUUGUGAUUCGGACUCCAGUUCCUGGUCUUUUCCACCUCUGGCAUGAGAAACACUGUGCAGAUGAGCUGACUCCUGAGCAGUACCGGAUGUGCAUCCAAUCCAAAGCCAUGAACGAGGCUUCUCACUCCCACCUGGGAAUGAUGGUCUUCAGGGAGGAAAUAGAGAUGCAUCUUCGCAAACAGGCGUACAGAACAAACAGUGAUGCUGCUGGGUGACAGCAUCAACACAUUCAAGUCUGAACCACAAAUCAGCACUGUUUAUUCAGCCUUAAUUCCAACUCAAGAUUCUGUGCCUCUUCCAGAGAAAAGCUGGUUUUCAUGUUCUUUCUGAAUGUGUUUUGUAGUUCAGAUUGAGGUAAGAAGCACACACAGGUGUUUUGAUACAAAGCCUGUUUUGUGAGAGUACUAUAGUAUGAAACAGUUGACAAAAUGAAGUUUGAUAUUUGUUCCAAAAAUAGUUUGAAAUAGAUUCUGCGUGGUACCUGUGUUCUGAUUGGUCCAGGUGUUCUAGGCUGACGUUGGGGUGGUCAGCACAUUCCUACAGGGAACAGAACAUGGGUUGUCAUUCUCUACAGGCAGAUACCACCUGCUAACCACCAAGUCUAUCAUCUAACUUCAGUUUUUAAAUGAGAGCUCUUGUUGAUCACAUGCAGAAUAUUUUUUCACAGAGAAUAAUUAAAUGGCAUAUCUGAAAUCUCUAGCCCAUGAUGAAGGCAGAAAGCAAAGCCCCUUAACUUCUUGUUGCUUUACCUCUAAAUAUCUGUUUUUAAGCCAAUGGAUACAGCAGACAUAGUUUAGAAUCUAUGGUUUGUUUAUAAAUAUAUCCUUAUGUUACCAUCAUGUUCAAAAUGCAUAGUCAAAGCUGCAGUAGAUUGUUUUGAGCAAACAAGUAAAUGCAGAGCUUUUAAACAAAGCAUUUUAUUACAUUCGAAUGCAGGAAAAUAACUAUCUUUGGGAACAUCUUUUUCUAUAAGCCGGAUGUAUCAGAACCUUCCUGAAGAGGCAUAGAAGAUAUGAACAUUAUAGCAUGGUUUUGUAUGGCUUUUGUUUUGCACUGUCUUAUUUAGCAUGGGUACAUAUAUAUUUAUUUUCUAAUAUGUUAAUAUUUGCCACAACUGUGUUUGCAUUUGUAUUAUACUUUCAGUUGAAGGAGUUUCAUUGAAAAAAAAAGCUAUUUAAUGCAUUAUAUAAUAAAAUCACUCUGGUUUGAGAAAAGGGAAGGAAGGAAAGUAAUCUGAUAGAAAUAUGAAUUAUGGAGUACUUUAAAAAAUUAUGUACAGAUUGAAUGUUAUUUUAAUUGAAGUGUAAAUUAUAUUGAGACAAGAUGAAUAAGAAAUUAUAUUCUAAUAGGAAUGUACUAUAAUAUUUAUCACACAUGGAUAUUUUAUCAUUGGGCCAUUUACUAGACAAAGUAAAAGGCAUGCAUAAUUUUUUUAACCCUUGACUUUUAAAAGGGACCUACUAUUUGUACAUAACCCAUGAAAACCCAGGAAAAGUCAUUUUUGUUCAGUAAGUCAUACACUCUCAAAUGUUACAAAUGCCAAAUUUCUAGGUGCUAAAGUGAAUCCAGUUUCAUAAUAACUAAUUGUUGAGGGGUCUAGCUGGGGGAGUGUUUAGGUGGUUUUUUAAGAUGCAUAAAUGCUUUCUGCGGAGUAAGAAACGCCAGCAUCUCCUUUAUACAUGUUUAUUGUGAAGACCGUGAACAUGGUAUUUAAAAUUAGGGAACUUGAUUAUUUGCAAAGGUGGAUUUUGACUUGGUUUUGAGAUAAUCAAAUGAUUUUUACUUUAACUCCUAUUUUUUAAAGCUAGCAUUUAUUUAAAGAUGGAAGCUGAACAACGAAAGAAUUACUAUAUUUUUUACAUUAAGUGGUACCAAUAAAGUAUUUUGUUACCAAAAGUUAAAUGAAAAUGUGGUAAAGUAAUUUCUUUCUCAUUUAAAAUAUCCUAAGUUCAAUAAGGUCCACGGUGUGCGGUUGUGACAUUGAAGGAUAAUGGAGCCGACGCAGUGCAGAGCGCUGCCAUCGAGCACCGGGGACUAGCCCUCUGUGCCUUUCUAGUGUAUCCGUCCUCACUCUUCUGUCAGUCACAACCUGAUCUCUGUGAGAAUUUGUCACUUGUUUUUCUUAUAGGUUUCCGAACUCUAUAUAUCUCUACUGUUUAAUUUUGUCUGGUUUUGAAUUCAUGUUAUUAUUUCAGUAUAUGUUUUCCAACUUUUAUAAGGUAUUAUGUUCCUAAAGUUCAUCCAUGUUAAUAUCCAAAUUGAUUCAUUUUUAUUAUUGAGUAGUAUUUCAUGAAUAUACUAUGAUGUUGAUUUUAUUGAUAAUAUUUGUGGUGCUUCCAAGUUUUUUUGUUAAUAUUAUUGGUAGCUUUUGGUUAUUUAUACUUUUUACUGUUUUGUUUUGCUGUUACAAACAGUGGUAUCAAGAGCAUGACCAAACAUGUCUCUUGUAAGUGUACCAAAAUUUCUGUAGGAGUAAAAUUCCUGUAUCAUUAUUUGUAUAUAUAUUGAACUACUUUCUAAAGUAGACCACCUUGCAGCACUGGGUGGAGUUUAUUUUAUGUCCUUGGUCGUACUUAAUUGUAUCAGACCUGAAAACAAUACUCCUGAAAUUCUUCUAUAAAAUAGAAAAGGAAGAAUCUUUUUGGAAUUCUUUGUACAAA